AUGCAGUCUCAUUGCAGGCAGCAGCGGAGUCCUCAACCUCAGUCCCUGGUUCAGUUUGCUGGUGCCAGUGUGGAAUAUAAAGACCUAGUUCCCCAAGUUCCAGGGCUGUGCAAUCUGAUCACUGAGCUCUGCUUUUGCGGUGAGAGGGACCCUGCUGCGCGUCGUCGGAGCCAACCGGCCGGUUGUGCGCCGGGCAGACCGGCCAAACUCCCUCCUAUGCCCUCCGGUUGGUCCGAGGGUCUAGGCACCGCCUAGACGGUGACCCCGCCGGAAGCGCAGACUGGCCCGGACCCCGCGCCGCAAACGGGUGGCGUCAUGAGACACCUGCCCUACUUCUGCCGUGGCCAAGUGGUGCGGGGCUUCUGUUGCGGCUCCAAGCAGCUGGGCAUCCCCACUGCUAACUUUCCUGAGCAAGUAGUAGAUAAUCUUCCAGCUGAUAUAUCCACCUGCAUUUAUUAUGGUUGGGCCAGUGUUGGAAGUGGAGAUGUCCAUAAGAUGGUGGUGAACAUAGGAUGGAACCCAUACUACAAGAAUACGAAAACGUCCAUGGAAACUCACAUUAUACAUACCUUCAAAGAGGACUUCUAUGGGGAAAUGCUCAAUGUGGCCAUUGUUGGCUACAUCAGACCAGAAAAGAAUUUUGAUUCUUUAGAGUCACUUAUUUCAGCAAUUCAAGGUGAUAUUGAGGAAGCUAAGAAACAACUAGAAUUACUGGAACAUUUGAAACUUAAAGAAGACAAUUUCUUCCAGGUUCCUAAAAGCAAAAUAAUGAAUGGCCACUGCUGA